CCGGUGCACUCGGAUCCGCCACGGCAGCCGGUGAUCACUAGCGUGGAGAGCACGGACAACGCCGUCACGUACAGCUGGACAUUGCUGGGCGACGGCGAGGGCAAUGGCGGCGCGCGGACACCAUUCGUCACCGAGGUGUCGGUUGUGAGUCAUGACUUCAUGUACGGCAAGCGUGUGCUCUCCGGCGAGACUUCCGUCUCGUUCGACAACCUGCAGCCGCACCAGCAGCACCGGAUCACGGUUACGACGAAGCGUGGAUCGCAGACCCGGUCAAGCCAGAGAACAGUCCUCACAACAAGUCUGGAUGUCAAAUGUCCACCGGUGAUUGACGUCGCACUGAAGGCAUAUGCGUUCAAUGCCCACCGAGCACCACCGACGGCGUACAGCAUGCGUGCAAAGUGCAACACAACCAUUCCAGUGGCCGACGCGCACAUCCAGGCACCCGACUUCAUCAAGGCGCGUGGAACGAACAGCUCACCGAAGGCCCACAAUCACAUUCGCCUGUCAAACCGUCGCAACCACCAAGUCAUGCCUCUCAAGGAUGAUCAGCAUUGUAUACGUGUCAGUGCUGCACAAAAGCAACCGGUGCAGUCGUGCUUCAAACUCAAUGUUACCCGACCUCUAACAGCAGUAAUCCAGGAUGUGCUGUGCCGCUCCCGGAACUGUUCGGCAAUGGGAGUGUCCACGACGAGCGGUGCGAAUUCAGGGACGCGCAGGAUCCUAGGCUGCUUCGUCACCGGCUAUCCACUGCCGCGCAACGACCAGGUGCAGUGGACGUACGACGGCGAGCAGCUGUCCCCUCGCGCACAUGCGUCCUGGGUGCGUCGAGUGCUAGGCUGCCGUGCCAUCAAGCACCAUGGCGAGGACGUGCGGCUCUGCAAGGUGAAAGUGAGCGCCGCCAGCUUCCUGGGUGUCAACCCGCGCCUGCUUCGGUGCAGUGCACACAACGACCACGGCAACACCGCACAGACCAUUGGCACGUCUAGCCUGCUAAACAGAACAGAACUUCAUCACGUCUAGCCUGCUAAACAGAACAGAACUUCAUCACAACGUCUAAAGGAAUACUUCAGGCAACAUUAUAUACAAUAAAUCACCCAAUCAGUACUAUUUAAUCCGAACUAGAAUUUUCCUAUUCCAUCAUGACAUCAUCCACAGAUCUCUAUCGUUAAUCCUUCAUAAAAUAUUCCCGGUACCUCACUAUCAGGCACUCACGUCACUGAUUGGCGUGAUCGCAUACUUAUCUCAUGUGCUAUCAUUUCAAGAAGUAUCCACAUAAUCAUUGUUUCAGCUGGUUUUCCUCCAGUUUUAUGAACAGCAUAAGGCUAAAAUAAUUACUGGUCUGCAAGCUCCGGCCCACAACUCA